CAGUAAUAGAAACGUCAAUUAAAGAGCUAAUUUCGGUAUCAAAAUGGACGACUUUUGUGUCGGUUGCAGAAAAAAUAUGUUUUUUCUGCACCGACAACCUAUUAUUCCGGACAUACUCCCGUCAUGUGAUACAGAGUUGGAACAAAAAGCAAAUGGAAGGGGAUAAUCUUCCCUUUGCGAAUAUCCAAUAUCCGAAGUUAGUGGAAGAGCGUCAAUAUUUACGAAAAUAUUUAACCCCCGUCGAGAGAUAAUAUCUGAGGGAUAAGUCUAAAACUCAUGUGGUGCAAGCACUACAGGUAUUCUAAUCCACAUGUUGAGUUUCACACUGGUUCAUCGGAUAUUAUCCUUAGGGAGGGGCGAUAUAUUCUAGGACAUAUCGAAGCUUUGCCACUUACUUAGUUUAAAUCGAGGCAAGUUUGGAAAGGGCAAAGAGGACAAUAUCCUUUUUUACUUGCUUCUCAUUUCGACUCGUUAUCACAUGAAGGAAGUAUGCUCGGUAGAUUGGAUUGGCUCAGAUUGAGGGGGAUACAGGUAUACGUUUCUGAGAUAUAUCAUUCAAUUGAUAUUGAAUGGCAUGAUUCUUAUCUCGUUAUUAGAUCGCGAAAUUGAGAGCGAAUUGCCGUUCGAUAAAAAACAAUGUGUCUACUUGACUUUGAAAUAUUAUUUCAUUUCGUUAUCAGACGACGGUGAAAAUUUGUAGCCGGUUCUUGGAUAUUGUUCAGACAAUUUAGACUCUGUCAUCAAAUACAUCGUAUUUUUUAUAACAGCACCAGUAAUGAACUACUCUGUAUAAACCCCUUCCCUAUGGGAUGCCAAUUGAAUUUUUGACGUUUUGGUAAAAAUCUAUCCUGUCAGUAGUGACAGUUGAGAACUUUUUUCUCUCUCUAUGACAAGUUCAUAGAUGAAUACAAAAAUAAAGAUCACAGGAAAGUGAGAUAUAACAAAUUUAAUAAUGAUGCAGACCACAUCCUCAUGAGAAUCUACCAUCAACUGCAGAAAAUCAUUCUGAGGGUUAUUACCUACAAUCAGGUGAACCAGAAAUCAAAUUCAGUAUUUUCCAAUGUGAAUUGGGAUGAAAUUUCUAUCAAGUGUCAAUAUAGGUUUGAAUAUGUUUCACCAUGAGCAGUGAAAGCAGUCAGACAUGGAGCCUGACGUCUCAUCAGAUCACAUGUAGUUUAUCAUGGAUUCGUGGUGGCUUGGUUAUUUUGAUCUUGGUCUUUAUGUACUUUCAAUUGAAUCUUUUACUGAGUUUUAGUAAAUCUUCUGAAAACUUAGAUACCAACGACAGUGACGAAGCUAUUUUAAGUAUGAUCCCAGCAGAACUUCACAAAUUUUUAUCAUUGAAACCAACUAAUUCCACCCGAACCAAUAGUAACGGAAGUGACGAUAAGAUUUCUAACAUUAGUACACUAAAUAUAUCAUAUAUCAAAGAGAGAAUUGCGCAGUAUAAUUUGCAGCAGAGGGUUCUGAAUGGAAACAGUUUCCAAUCACUUGAAAACGAUUCCAUCGUCAUUGUUGUACAGAUUCAUGAUCGGAUCAAUUACCUCAGAUAUCUGAUAGUAAGUCUAGCACAAGCACCUGGUAUAUCUCAUACACUUCUCGUUUUCUCACAUGAUUAUUACGAUGAACAAAUGAAUAGCCUAGUCCAAAGCAUCGAUUUUUGCAAAGUGAUACAAAUAUUUUAUCCCUAUUCUAUCCAAGCACAUCCGGAAGAAUUUCCUGGUGAAGAUCCAGAAGAUUGCCCUCGUGAUAUGAAAAAGGAACAUGCUGUACAGAAGAAAUGUAAUAACGCCCUUUCUCCUGACGUGCACGGUCAUUAUCGUGAAGCCAAAUUCACUCAAACCAAACACCAUUGGUGGUGGAAAGCCAAUCGUGUAUUCAAGCAACUCGAGGUCACCAGGAAUCAUUCAGGCUUGAUUUUGAUGCUAGAAGAAGAUCACUAUGUUGGCCGAGAUUUCAUCCAUAUGCUGAGACUAAUGGAGAAAACAUCUAAAGUAUCUUGUAGGCAUUGUAAUGUUUUCUCUCUCGGAACGUAUAUGAAGACCUACAACUACUACGCAAAUUCCAAGAAGGUAGAAAUUUCACCGUGGAUUGGCGGCAAACACAAUAUGGGAAUGGCAUUCAAUCGAUCAACUUGGAUGCAGAUUGUGGACUGUGCAAGCUUCUUCUGUGGAUAUGAUGAUUACAAUUGGGACUGGUCUUUACAGCAAGUUUCUGAGAAAUGUUUGAAGCAAAAACUUCAUGUCAUGGUUGCUGUCGCACCAAGAGUAUUCCAUAUUGGUGAAUGUGGAUUCCACCAUAGGAAAAAUAAUUGCAGAUCGAAUUCUGUGAUUUCAAAAGUGCAGCAAGUGCUGAAACUUUCAAGACGAUAUUUUUACCCAGAUCGUUUGAUACUGACGUAUUCCACAGUACCGAAAAAAACUAAACCAAGCAAAGGAAAUGGUGGCUGGGGAGAUAAACGAGAUCAUAAGUUAUGCAUGGGUAUGACAGUAGGAUAAUAAUUAUAUCGUUUUUCAUGAAUAUCAUUAUGAUCUGUCUUAAAAAAAUAUAUGUGUAUCUCAA